GUCCGUUAUCCUCGACUAUCAACACGUUAUCCUUCGUCCUGCGACAACUACAGCCUGUUGAAUCCUCGAGCAGUUCGUUGUGUUUUGUGCCCGUGUUAUAACUUCUUACUUUUCUGGUAGCAUCAUGAUUUCUCAAUCAUUAUUCGUUUUUAUAUUAGUUCAAUCUUCAAUCGCGAAUCUAGAAGAUAGUUAUCCAGAAACUUCGGAAAAUAUCAACAUCUAUUCAGACGAAUUUCUAGAUCCUGACGAUUCUGAUAUUGAAAAAAAGGACAAUCACUUCAUGAGAUUUGGUCGGAAUUUAGGCGAUUCAAGAAACAAAGAAUUCUUAUAUGACGACUACAACGAUUUAGAUGUUCCGAUAAAAAGAUCAGGAAGUGAGCAUAUAAGAUAUGGAAGAUCAAACGGCAGUUAUUUCAUGAGACUUGGAAGAGAUUCGAACAAACUCAGGAGAAAUAGAGCUCAUUUUAUGAGAAUAGGUCGUGCUUUUCAAAAUCAUGGUGAACCUAUUCGUUAUAAACGUUCCGUAUCUUCUCGACAAGAAGAGAAUUCUGAAAAACCUGGUAACGAGAAUCCUAAAUGGCGUAGAGAUAUCUUCCUCAGAUUUGGAAAAAGUCCAUCUUUCUUGCGCUACGGAAGGAAGUAUGAAUCUAUAGAGAGUCUGCCUUCAAUUUUUAACGCAAACCAACAGCUCGGUGUUUUGUUGGCCAGACUUCUAGCCAGUAGAGAAGGAGGAAGGAACCCUUACGAUAAUGUCGCAUAACGGAAUCACAAGGCUGAAUAUUUUCUCGUAAAAGAGACCUAAACCUUAUAGAUACUCUAUAAAAAUGUUUUGGCUAAUCUAAAAUCAAAAAGGUAUAUAACUUGUUAUUUGAUCAUUUACUGAAUUUACUCCAAUAUCUUCCUGAUUCCAAUCAAUGUAUCUUGAUGUUUUGGGAUCAGACAGUAGUUACUUCAUAAUAAAAAAUAUUCCAUAGCUCAAAAUUAUGGAAAUAACAGUGCCAUAAUGUAAUGGGUAGUGUAUUCUAAAGAAAUUGUAGGAAAUUGUUUAUUUAACAUUUGAGUUGAUCAGAUAAUGUUAGUAAAUCUUUAGGUAUUCUCGAUAAAAAUCAGGAGAACCGUCACUAUUGGUAUGAAUCUUUUCGAGUAUAUUUUGAUUUCUACUACCUCGAAAAAAAUAUCAUUUAGUAAAUUCCAUCGACUUGAAAGUUUUAUUUCGAUGCUGUUAUUAAUGUCUUGAGCAAAUAGUUCAAUCGUUUAUACAAUAGAUACAGAUCCAUAAUGCAUUUAAUGUUAUUGUAGUUUUCCAGAUUUUAUUAUUCCAGAAGAUGUAACAAUUAAAGAGAGUGAUUUUGAGAAAGUUAUUUCUUUUCUUGACAAUUUCCACCAAGUACUUUUUUUUAUAUACCAUCUAUCCCAUUUAAAUUCAAUUUUUCUCUAUAUUGAUUGAUGCACUCUUAUUUUUUGGUUGUAAUUUUUCAGUAAUGUUCUAAAAAUUUUGAUUUGUACCUACUUCUCGUAUAAAUUUCUUGUCACUUCUUAUUUUUCACGUAGCUUUUGUUGACUCAGCUCACUAAGAUUGCAUUUUUUUUCUUUUUUAUGUCUACAGCUCAUCCAUGAAGUAAAAUAGUUUCUAUCUUACAAGAGCAACCUUCUACAAAUAUUCUAAUAAUAUUACUACUAUAAUAUUACAAUUGAUUUCAAAGUAAACUGUAUGUAAUAUAGCUAAAACCUUCCUUUCUCCAUAGAAAUCUCUAGAUACUAAUUGUAUCUUGUGCAUAACUCCUGAGUCUUAAGUUGAAAUAAUUUCCAUUUAUUUUAUAGAUAUUUGUUUAGUUCCAAUGUUUUUCAACAAAAUAAUUGAAAUCAAGAUAAGAUUGAACGAUUGAAGUAACAUCAGUAAAAAUCAUAAUAAAUGUAUUUAUUUUCAAAAUACUCAAGGUUAUUGGAAAAUAAAUAAUUGAACCACUUUUCUCCUAAAACAAAACGUCGUCAAUUAUUUUAGUACAACUGAUUUACAAAUGAAAAUUCUCAAAAUAAGACUUCUCUGUAGUUUUUCAAUGAUCUUGGGGUAAACUUUUGUAUGUUCCAUCCUCUAUUAUAUAGGUUGAUGCUAUAAUUGAAUGUUUAUACAGAAUUGUCUUUUAUUUGAAACAAAUAUUUCCAAAUACAGGGCAAAUCUUUUGAAGCAUAAUUUUAUUCUGCUGUUGUACAUUAGGGAAAUGUCCUCAGUUUACCGAGUUUAUUACUUCUUGUCCCUAUAGAACAUAAAUUAUAGAAAAUCUCUCAGUUUAAUUUUCUUAAUAGCAGCAAUUGUAAAUUAUCAAAUGAGAUAGGAAGUUCUUAUUUGUCUAUAAUAUUUUAUAAUGAAGCUUUGUAAAAUUAACGAAUCUCAAGGGAUCUGGUCAUAUGCUAUUAGAUUAAAUUGUGAUAUUCACUACCCUGGAAUGUAAUGAGACAUCAAAAAUGUAUAGGUAGCAUAACGAUUAUGACCGUAAUAUAUAGGACAGAAUUUGAAGAGUUAUGACAUUAAAUAUUCAUUGAAAUGAUUUGAUAUUAAAAAUUUAAAAAAAUUAAUUCUACAUUAGACAUAAUAAUUCCCUAAUCUAAUCACGACACAUCUCACUGGGACUACCUCAAGUAUCAACUUUAACAUUUUUAUCAUUCAAUAUAUAUAUUCGGUGCUUGCUUACAUUUAACAACGGUGAACACAAAUAUAGUAUAAUAAGCAGCGAAUAUUCUUUUCUACAUACGGUAAAAGAUACGAUAAGUAUGAUUCACAACUUCAGACUUAAUGUCUACUACCAUACAAAAAUAGAGAGUUAACGUAGAAAUCAUUUACUCCACUUACCCGAACAAAUUGUGCUAAAGAAAUAUAUUUCCUGAAGAAGAUCUCCAAAUAUAGUUCUCUUGAGUUUACAUUAGUCCUAUAUUAGACUAAGGAAGUUCUAUAAUUUAAGUGAAAAUAAUUCUAGAUGCACCUUAGAAUCUAGGAACACGUGAAUUUCAUCCUCAGAAGAACAAUUCAAGCAAAUUUCAAAAUCGAGGAUUUAUUAGUAAAACAGAUGAAUGCGGAAUAUUGGGGCUGAUUUUUAAUUAACUUGACAAUGCGUCUGCUAAUAACAAUUCUUUUAAAAAUAUGUGAUGGUCAAAACUUUCCAUAAGGAGUUUUAUGGAGCAGGUUCCAUAAGUUCCACUACUAAUUGAUUCUCCAUCACGACUCAAUUUUGAACAACAAUUGAGAUUACAUAUAUAAACAUAUUGAACUCGUUUUAGACUGAAUACCAGAACGUUGACUGGCAAAUCGUUUGCUCUGGUUAACUCCAGAACAAGUUCCAGCAUCGUUAAACAUAAUAUCAAAUCCUAUUUUGGUCAUUUACGAAUAGGACAAGUAUUUUUGGUAUCCACAAUAUCCAAAUGUUGCAAACCAGCGUUUCCAAAUCAUAUAUUGGAAUUGAAUUUCAUUCUAUAUUUCCGAUUAUUAUAUGUUCGGAAAUAUACAUCAGUGUCCCUUAAUUUUUUUUUAUUUUACAAAUUUUCUUUCAUAUCUCCAGAUCAAUUGCUGAAAUAGGAGCUCAGUAGAUUGAUAGUUGUCUGACUAAGGAGUAAGUUCUCUCAACAGUUAAUGAAUUGACACUCUAUACUGUUUCUCUAUCUUUAUCCAGUUUUCAACAAGUUCAUUCGAUCAUCAUUAUUCUUAUAGUUUCUUUCGUCAGUUGUCAAAUUUCAAAAUCACCAUUGACAGAAUCUAGAUUUCUAAAUUCAAUAUAAUUUGAGAUAUCUUUUGUUCUACGGAAAGUUGACCAAAUGGAGUAUCGUAUCCUCUCUUUUAAUAUUUCAUCUAGACCUAAUGAAAAUUUAAGACUAAAAAAUUCUCUAUCUGUCCUAAAAAGUAUGAGUGAACCUAAGACCUCAAGUUUUCUCCAUUUUCAUAACAAAAUUCGAGUCAUAUUACAACAGCGAUAAAAAAUAUGGAAAUAUUCCAAAAAGGAACAAUACACCUAUAUAUUCCAAAAAGAUAUUGCUUUGGAAAGAUUUUUCUUAUUCAAUCUAUUUCAACAAAAUGGAUGAAUCUGAUCUUUUUGAGAGUGUAGUAAUCCAAGGGCAAAUCUAAAGCAGGUAUUUUCAAAACGACGAAAACACGAAAAUUACAACAGAAUUAAAAAACAUGGUGAUGGAAUCAUCACUUAUUAACAUACUGUUUUUCCUCGACACUAACCUUUAUCGUUAAUUUCGACGGAAACAAAUAUCUAUAUUAUAGUUAGAUGCUUUCUUUCGUUGUGUAUUCAUAACUAUGCGUAGUCCAUUGCAUUUCGUCGAAUAAUACUAGGAAUAUCGUUUUGAUGUGAAGCGAGAAUCCUUACUUUUAUGUCUUAUAAAUAAGCUGAAAUAAAAAUUCAUAUUCUAUGAACUGAUAACUCAUACCAAUUUUAUUUUCACUUAUACGUUUUUCGAAGAUUUGUCUUGUAUGGUAUAUUGUGUACAUCUCUAUAAAAUCAAUGUUGAAUAAUUUAUGUGAUAUUAUUUUAUUUUGGUUUAGGUCUAUUAAUAUUUACUCGAAUACUACACAUAUUCAAUUGUGGCUGGACAAUUGUAUGAUGUGAAAAUUAUUAUUGAUGUAAUGUUUUCUGUAUUUGAAUUUAUUCGUUGUAAAUAUUCAACCUCUCUUAGAAAAAUAAAAAGGCAUUAUAUUUACA